AUGGCUACCUCGUCUUCCACCCAUCCACACUCCCACGGAAGCAGCUCCAAGUCCAAGUCCAAGGGCAAGGGCAAGGAGAAGUCGGACAGGAAGGGGAGCUCGAGCAGAGGCAAUACCAGUUCGGCUUCUAGUCGGGACCCGUAUGCGGAGUCUCUCAGCAAGAACUCGGGCAUAGCGAGGUACAUGGAGGAGCCGCACCAUGAUGGCGCUUGGAACCCCAUGGGAGCGGCUUCCAGUGCGAACUGA